UUGAAAUGACGUUACAGGUGGACCUACAGGUGAUCUCUAUGUUUACAAACAACUAUUCUUGUAAUACCAAAAAACUUUUUUAGUGAUUGAAUUAUUUUGUUAGUUUGAUAAUUAAUUUCUUUGAAUACUUAGGUACUAAGUAGUACACCUGAAAAAGACGUAUGACAACAACAAAAACUAUAAAAAGUUUUUUGGUAUUAAAAAAAUAAAAUGUAGCAAAAACAACAAUAAUGUUUGCUAUGAUAUCAGUAAAAAUAUUUUCGGCAAUUUGAUGCCAGCUUUAUGAGGUUCAUAAAUAAAACUCCCUUAAUAAUACAUUCCGACGAAUCAAAGAAUAAUAUGCCGUCUGUUAGCUAACAAUAGAUUGCGACCUUGAAAGCUUUUACGGAGUUUUCGCUCGGAAGGGUAGGAAAUAAUUAGGUUCGAGUCAGUAACCCGGGCUUGCGUUAUUGAUGGGCUCGCGCGGCGCCGAGACGUGCGGUAAGUGGGUCAGGGAGGGAGCGGGGCGCGCAGCCGCUGCCACACUGCGCCCUCAGCCUCUAACCAUGGCGGACGCUCCGCCUGAGGUCCUCGAGCUCAACGUGGGCGGCGUGCACUAUGCCACUACGCGCGAUACGCUGCUACGCGAGCCAGACUCGCUGCCCGCCGCCGCGCUUCAAGAUCCCGACCAUCCGCGCGACGCUCGUGGUCGCAUCUUCUUCGAUAGAGACGGCGUUCUCUUCCGCUAUGUGCUCGACUAUCUCAGAGACGGUGGACUCGUUUUGCCGGAGUGCUUCAGAGAACACAAGCGCCUCGCGAGGGAAGCCAAACAUUACAGACUAGUGGGGCUCGAGAAUGCAGUCCGAGAAGCAGAUCCUCGUCCGCCAAAUCGCGAGCGAGGAUGCAUCACGGUGGGAUACCGGGGCAGUUUUGCAUUCGGACGCGACGGCCUCGCCGAUGUAAAGUUCCGUAAGUUGUCUCGCAUUCUCGUGUGCGGUAAAGUAACGCUGUGUCGAGACGUCUUCGGCGAGACAUUGAACGAGUCUCGCGACCCUGACCAUGGUCUGGCCGACAGGUACACGUCGCGAUUUUUCUUGAAGCAUUCUUUCAUCGAGCAGGCUUUCGACAUGUUGCAAGAGAACGGAUUCAAACUGACGGCCAGCUGUGGCAGCGGGACCGCCGGUGGAGCCGCCGAACUGAAACCCGGCGUCGACUCUGAAGAGAAUCGUUGGAACCAUUACAACGAAUUUGUGUUCGUGCGUGAAUAGCUACCGGACUUAUACGUAUAUGACGGGCGUUCAGUUAAUAGGUGCGCGAUUUGCAUUUCUAGAAGAUAAUAAUUUUCGCAUCAAUGGCAAUAUCAAUUAAAUAUAAUUCGAAUUGCGUGAUUUCGAUUGACGUAAGUAAUUCACAUAGUUUACGACGAUAAGUAAAUAGGUACCUCAAACGAUGCUUUUUUUUCGAUAAAAAUAUAAUUAAAUUAUUUAUAAUAAAACAAUCUUGAUAGUGUAAUUAUAUUUACAAAUUACAGUAGAUUUGAACUUUAUUUCCUAUUUUAUGAUCUAAACAAAAUUAUAAAAAUUAUAUAGAUAAAUAUCGUUAAAUUGUUAAUUGUAAUCGAUCAUGAAACAAAUAGGUAGUAUUUAAUCUAAAUGAUAAAUUAGUAGUUUAAAUUCUCUAGGACUGUUGUAUGUACUGUUACCUAUUUAUAGUGUAUUUUCAAAUCAUUUUAUACUCUAUGUGUAAUUCUCGUUACUGACACCGUGGUGUAGAUUUAUAAAUAUUGCCAAAUCAAGCUAAUAUUUUGUGAUAAAUAAUAUUUCAUUACAAACGUUAUUUAUAUAUAAACUGUACGUAUUUUAUGAG